UCCAGGCCCAGGUACAAGCUGCCACUGCAAAGGUCUUGGAGGAGAUGGUUGGCUACUUUGGGGCGAUUCAGAUACCAGGUGCGGUAAUACCUCCCAUCCCUCCCUCGUUACUACAGCAACUAGAGGCAGCGCAGGCAGGUGGUGGGCCAGUGAUGUAUUUCGGGACCCCGCCACAGUCAGCGGGUUCGAACCCGACUCCACCAGAGGGGCCUUCUCCACAGGGGCCUUCUCCACAGGGAGGGUUGCACGGUGCCCCUCCUCCACAGUACGUGUACCCUGGCGCUGCUCCGCAGUACACGUGGCCCACUCGGUGCCCUCCGCAGUUCACUUGGCCAGGGUACUCGACUCGCCCUCCUCCACAGGCCGGGGUCUACGGUGGCCCUCUUCCGCAGGCCGGGUGGCCGCCUCUCCCUCGUCCGCCACCGGGUGGCUCUACUCAGCCGCAGCAGGGUGACCCUGUGUGGGACCAGUGGGCGGAUUCACACUCUGCUCACCAGGGGGAGCCGUAGGUACCUCGCACGUCCCUUUACUUGUUUAUGUGUUGGACUUAGUUGAUGGAUUGUGAUGGACUAUGUGUUUAUGGAUUGUGAUGGACUAUGUGAUGGACUAUGUGUUGGACGUGGUGUUCGUCGAGGAUGGACGAUGUGUUUAUGUGAUUGUGAUGGAUGAUAUGUGGUUGUGGACAUGUCGAUGGUUGUAUUGCGAUAUAUGUGAUAUAUGUGCUAUAUUGUGAUAUAUUGUGAUAUAUGUGAUGAGUAAUU